AUGGCCUUCAGGAACGGGUCCUUCGCGACCUUCCUGAUCGUGUGUCCCGUCAGCUUCUUCCUCGGCAUCAUCUUCUCCCUCUUCCCCUAUGACUACCCCAUCCUGUGGUCCACGGCCCCAACCCCCACGGCCCACUAUGACUACCUCGAAGCGCACCUGCGCUUCCUCCACGCCUCCCCGCCCCUAAUCCCUCGCAUCCUGCACAUCGUCAUCUUCGUCGGCCUCGCAGGCCUCGUCUCGAAACUCUACCGCCCCUCCGAGAGCAACAUGCUCUUUGACGGCGCCUCGCUCGUCCUCUACAUGUGCGGCAUCACCGUCUACAUCGCCAACAUCGUCAAGGGGCUGCGUCUUGCCUCGGCGGGCAAGUACGGCGAGGAGCUGGCGGCCGCCCCCGAGGAGAAGGAGCAGAUUCUUAACCGCGAGGACUCGCUUAAGGUGCUCUCGGCGAGUAAUACUAUCCUUGCCUUGGUGUUGGUGGGUGUCUUGGUGCUGCAGGCGGGGCAGUGGUAUGCGGAGCGCAAGGAUGCGCAGGAGUAUGCUUCGUUGAAGAAGGGGCAUAAGGAAAGUGGUGCUUCGUCGGCGGCGUCGGCUGCUGCGGCGGCGAAGCCUGGGAGACAGGGGAGUGUGAAGAAGAAGAGUACCUAG